AUGGCCCAUCAUCAGUACCAGCCAGAACAGCAACAGCAACAACAACAGUAUCAAUACCAACCGAUAUCAGAGUAUCACAGUCCAGCGCUGGAUUAUGGACAUCCGAUAGUAUCGACGAUUGAAACUUAUUGGCCUCGGUACCAAUAUUCGGAUUCGCAUACAACACAGAACGCUAGUCAGAGCAAUAGCAGAACUCGUAACAACCAUCAUUACAGCCGAUAUGAACAAUAUCAACAGUUCGGUACGCGUAACACUUUUGUAACGUCACCCACACGUCCCCCGAGUACAACGGCCAAAAUCGUCAUCAGUGGUAUUCCGCAACACGCCAAGUUUGACGAUAUCGAACCGCUGCUGAAGCCAUACGGCAAGGUGGAACACUGUGAGGCUGGUACUAGCAAAGAUCCUAACACGCAAACCGUCCAUAUCACCUUCGAGAAUCACGAUCAAGCACAGAGGGCGGUGUCGGGAUUGAACGGUGUCGAUUUCGACGGUUCGAAGCUGCUGGUGGAGCUAUCGGAGGCGAACAAACAGGCCCGCAGGGCACAGCGCAACCGGUCGCAGUACGGUGCAGGCAUGCCCGGUGGUGGUGGUCCCGGUCGCCAGACCGACUUCCCGCUGCGUGUGCUGGUGCAGAGCGAGAUGGUCGGGGCGAUCAUUGGCCGGCAGGGUAGUACGAUCCGGCACAUUACCCAGCAGAGCCGGGCGCGCGUGGACGUGCACCGGAAGGACAACGUUGGUUCGGUCGAGAAGGCGAUCACAAUCUACGGCAAUCCGGAAAAUUGUACGAUGGCGUGCAAGAAGAUACUGGAAGUGAUGCAGCAGGAGGCCAACAGUACGAACAAGGGUGAAAUUUGCCUCAAGAUUCUGGCACACAACAAUCUGAUCGGUCGCAUUAUCGGCAAGAGCGGGAACACGAUCAAGCGGAUAAUGCAAGACACCGACACGAAGAUCACCGUCAGCUCGAUCAACGACAUUAGCAGCUUCAAUCUGGAGCGUAUCAUUACCGUGAAGGGCACGAUUGAUAAUAUGUCCAAGGGCGAAAGCCAAAUCAGUGCCAAGCUGCGCCAGAGCUACGAGAACGAUCUGCAGGCACUGGCACCGCAGAGCAUCAUGUUCCCGGGUCUGCACCCGAUGGCGAUGAUGUCAACGGCCGGCAAUGGUAUGGGCUUUACCGGGCGUACGGGUGGCGCGACGGCAAGCGGUGGCAGCGGUGCCGGUAUGUAUCCGGGCUCGAACUUCCCGAUGUAUCAGCCACCGGCCGGUGGGCCGGCCGGGGUACCCCCUGGCACGAGCGAGGUGCAAGAGACUACCUACCUCUACAUCCCGAACAAUGCGGUUGGUGCGAUCAUCGGCACCAAGGGAUUACACAUCCGUAAUAUCAUCCGGUUUUCGGGUGCAUCCGUGAAGAUCGCACCGCUCGAGGCAGACAAACCGCAGGAACAGCAAACGGAGCGUAAAGUUACCAUUAUCGGCACACCGGAGGCCCAGUGGAAGGCGCAAUACCUGAUCUUCGAAAAGAUGCGCGAGGAGGGCUUCGUGUCCGGUACGGACGAUGUUAGAUUAACCGUGGAAAUUUUUGUACCAAGUGCACAGGUGGGUAGAAUAAUUGGCAAAGGUGGACAAAAUGUGCGAGAGCUGCAGCGUGUCACUGGUAGCAUAAUUAAGCUGCCCGAGCAUACCGCUAGUGCGCCUGUGGAUGAAGAAACGACAGUACACAUCAUCGGUCCCUUCUUCAGCGUGCAGUCGGCACAGCGGCGUAUUCGUACGAUGAUGCUUGCCACGAAUCCGCCGCCGGUCACCAAGCGACAGUCGACGCAGAAAUCGAAGGAUCAAACGACGGGAGGGGCAUCUUCGCCUACUGCUGGUGCAACCGCAGCCACCACCACCACCGCUACCGUUAGCGCCAGCACGACACCACCCCAGCAACAGUCGUCCAGUACAAAUGCGUAA